CGGCUUUUCACUGUUAGCCGGCAGACCUCGCUAGCGAACUUUUCAGCAGCUGACUUCAGUCUGCCGCUCGCUUGGCUACGAGGCGGACGCACUAGCUCCACUUGGUAGUAUCUAGUAUCUAGUAUCUCUCUCCGACCAGCCGGGAAACCCGUUCGCGAGCGUCGCGCAUGCGCCGUGUGUUUCGUAAUUGCGAUCGCGCCGUGUCCCAGUUUCUUUGGCGUUCGCUUUUCAUUUCGUUGCGGUGGAAUCGCUGUUGGCCAACCGAUGAUGAUGGCCCAAGCCGAAUAGUAAUAAAUCCAAAGCAAGCGGCCAAGUGAUGUGCAAUCGAAUCGAUCCGUCGGCAGGAUUAAGACAACAACAGCAUGAGAUCGCAUGUGGCCGUUUACAGGGCGCCAGAAACAGCACCACCACUGGGAACACUAGCACCGAUAGCACCACCAACCAACUACGCUCCCCUGCGCUACCAUCAGCAUCCUUUAAGCCAUUGGCCGGGAAACCAGCAGCAGCAGCAGCAACAGCAACCUGGAGCUCCUGCCUACCGACUGCAUCCACCACCCAAUCAUCACCAGCCACCACAGAAUGCUAACUACGGAGUGGUUAACCAGCAGCGGAUCAAUGAGUGUGCCGGCAUACCGCUCAUCUCGAAUGCCUCCAGUCAUUUGUCGCCCGCCCAGCGGCAGCGGUUGCUGAGGAAGUCCGCUCCAAAAACGGGUCCAACAUGGCCACCUGGUGGAGCCACCAUGUCCCAGCUGGCUGUGCAUGCACAGGGCAUGCCGCUGCUCCAGCAGAAUGCCAAGCAGCAUCUGCAGCAGCACCAUCAACAUAAUCAUCAGCAUAAUCAUCAUCAUCAUAAUCCUGUGGCCAGCAACUGGAGUAGCUAUCAGCCAAUGAACAGUCAAUCUAAUUUCAAAUUAGCCGACAAAUCACGAGCGCUUCGCUACCAGAACUCCGCACCACCAGUGCUCAGCAGCCAGGAGAAGCUGCCAGCUGCUAGCCAGGAUCAGGCCAAUUCAUCUCCCACGGCGGCGGAAACCUGUCUUCCUAGAAUCAUUAAGCCCCGGAAGCGACGCAAAAAGGAUCGCAAGCCGGGCAAUGGGGUGCUGCUCAAAAUGGAGUCCGAUAUGCAGCAGGUUAAGGUUACCAAUCCGGGUGAAGGCUAUGCCGGAUCCUAUCACUUGCCAGCUGGAUUACUCCAACAUGAUCACACGCACGGCGUUUGCUUCUGCCGGGAAUGUGAUCCACUGCGUUCUCUCUGGGAUUACCCCCUGCGUAGAUCCGCCUCCGAUGCCUCGUCCAGCGAACAAGGAGGCGGAGGCAGCACCUCCACAUCUUCCACCUCAUCCACUCACUCGGACAGCUCCUGCGAUAGCUCCAUUUGCAGUCAACCCGCCGCUGCUACUGCUAUUUUGCAACAGGAGGAGGAGACCACCGAGGAGUUUGCACCCAUCACUGGGGAUAGUAGUCGUGCGGAAAUAGUGGGUGUUAUUGGUUCCCAGCGGAGUCACCCCAAUGCGGUGACCACACCCUCGCAAUGCCUGAGCGAUGAUUCCGGCUAUGGUGAUAUUUUGAGUGGAAUCAACAUAGCCAACGAUCUGUUUGGCAAUUGCUUCAGAGGUGGAAGCUCCUCCUCCUCGAUGAUUUCCGCCCAGGCGGAGACUUUGCUGGAUGAGAGCCUCAAUGAGAUAUCACGCAAGCUGAUCGAGACCUGCAAUGUGGCAGAUUCGGGAUUGGGAUCGGCAUCAGGAUCGGGAGCAGCCAGCGACAGCGGAUUGGAUAGCGCUGGCAGCCACAAUUGCGAAUCGGGCCUCGUCUUUAACUUUGAGCAUUUGAAUCUGACGGAUGCAACGCCCACAGCCUUGGAUUUUCUCGUGGAUUGCAAUAACAAUAGCAGCCACAAUAGUUUGGGUCUGAUGUGGCAGCCAAGUGGAGGUGGCUGCCACGAUGACAGCCAAGUGGCAGCUGCCAAACUGAACCCAGACAGCCGGGCCACACCCACCCACAGGCUGAUACUGGGCACGGUGGGUAAGCUGAAGCCAGCGUUUUCCACCAUCUCGUGACGACGUGGAAAACUAAUCAAAUUCGAAAUCAUAUUCAGCCCCAGAAAGUGGCUCAUUUUGCGACGAAGAUAACGAUGCGUGGGCGUCUGUAGAUUGGGAAAUGUAAAUCUCCUGAAAGUAUUUCUUCUACCCAAUUUCUACCCAACCCAAGUUGCGCAACUCCAACUGCGAAGACAGCGAGGAAAGAAGAAAACCCAUUAAAUGGAUUUAAAGCACAUGUGAGACGAUCAUCACAUCAUCAUCAUCAUCACGAUCAUCAUCAUCGUUGGAUUGAAGCGAAAAACAAAAGGCCAAAUGGGCGCUGGGAUACGACGAAGCCCCGGCUAAAUGGAAACUACUUGUGAAGAAAGACGAAAGACCGGGGAACUGGAAACCUUGUACAUACCACAUACACACAGUGCGACGACUAUCCAAAAACGAAUACGAAUCCGAAUCCCACUUCCACUUCAACUUCAACUUUCACUUUCACUGCGGCGGUGGCGACGGCGGCAUCGUCGGCGUUUUGUAUAUCUGUAUUUUUUAAGACAAUUUUUCUUUUCUUUUUCUUUUUGCCAAGACCACAGAUGAAUCCAGGGUCUUAAGCGGGGUUUACGGGAAGGGUGCGCGACUCUUAUGCAGAUUUUGUGGCGCAAAAAGAAGAAGAAAUUGUAGAAAUCGUGUAGAUUAUAUAUGCGAUGUGAACCCUAGAGAUACUUAAACUAUACACCCUAACCAUAUCUGUAUCUUAUACUUAAAACAUACAAUUAAUUGUUGUUGUUAUUUGUGCAUUAACGUUAUCCAUCAUCUCAAAAGGGCCCCCGAAAACCUCCCCAAAGAUCUGGGAUUUUUAUAUAGAGGGGUUUGAUAAUUUUUAUAUUUGAGCCUAAGCAACGUUCCUACAAUGUCAGUUGUGUAUUUU